AAAUCUAAUACAUAUGUUUAUUUUCAUCUUCUGUUCUAUCUUCUGAGCUACAAAUCGUUCUUGUUAUAUAUUUCUGUUAAUUAUGAGUUAACAGUUGGAGGAUAAGGCGGAAGAAUGAAGAUGUGCUGGCCAAAGAACGUCCUUUUACUCGUUGUAAAUGUUAUGUUCGGAGUGUUUGGUUUUUCAAUGACGGUGCUCGGCUUGAUGUACGUCAGUGACGGUAGUGAGUUGGCUCCGUUUAUUCAAUCUUAUUUCCCAAACUUGUACCAUUUCAUCAUAUUAUCGGGAAUCAUCAUGGUUCUCAUAUCGACUUUUGGAUGUAUCGCGAUGAUGGUGAAUAGCACUACACUGUUCAGACUGUACGCGGGUGGCGUGUUCGUCUCCGUCAUGGUACAAAUCGUCGUAGGAAUAGCGGCGUUCGUCUUGGUCCACGAGGCCAAAAAGCACUUACAGAGCCAGCUAGGCGUCAAGUUCAAAGGCUACAACCAUUUCAAGAAAGAAAUCGAUCGACUGCAACAAGCUCUUUUAUGCUGUAGUGCGUUUGGAGUCAAAAAUUGGAAUAUUAACCAACUGCCAUCUUCAUGCUGCGGAAUGUUGGAUGGCCUAUGCACGCACGAAAAGGCUUUCAAGCGAAAUUGUUUCGACGAAAUAGUAAAAAGAGUAACUAUUAAUUUAUAUACAUUAGGCAUUGUUUCUCUCACCGGGAUUGGGUUCGGAAUAUUAUGCGCAGUCUUUGCCCUUACUCUAAACUUAAAAAAUGAAGAUACUACAAGGAAAAGCACAGGAAAAAGUAAAUCUACGGAAUUCAAGUUCUUGAGUCACCCGAGCAGUAGUGUAGAAACUAAUAAACUAACGCAAUCCUCAAUAACAACAACAAGACAAUCGAAGAAAGAUGAAAAUAGUCAAAUUAGCAUUAUGACAUUGAAAUCUAAUAAAACAACUGAUAUACAAUAGUAAAAUGUGAUCUAAUUUUUAAAUAAAAUAAAUGUUUAAUGAAAAAAGUUUCCUAACCAUACCUAGCAUUUUACAGCUAUGUGUCAUUAUUUUACAUAAGUGGAGGGUGCUUUGGAAAUUCCUGAUUUACCAAGGUGUGGUUUGACAUAAAUCAAAUAGAACGAAUUCGAAAAGAGACAUUUCUCCAGGAUGGCAGUCAUCACAUGAUACUUCGGUUUAUCGAUGCAACUUGUACCACUUGCUUUGGCACAUUACGCUUCGCGGAACUGCUUCCUUUUCGUGGACUCGAAGUUAAACAUGCUUUAAUUUACUUCAAAGUUGUUGUCAGUUCGGGGAGAGCCACUUAAAUUUUGACUCCGACGGCUAUCGAUAGAUCAUUUCAGCCUCCAACGCUUUAACCUAAACACUUUCUCACCAAUCCAUAAAUACAUUGUUUCUUAUAUCCGCACCAUUCAUCGAAGAAGGGUCAUGAAGUUCACGAUAUUCCUUCAUCCUAUACACAUGUAAUAUUAAGUACCCCAUCUCACACCAUCUACCUUUUUACACUGCACAUUCGCGUUAAUAAAUAAAAUCUCGGAAACCAAAUAAGACAAA